UCCUUCAAUUCUUCUUCUUCUUCCUCCUCCCAAAUUCUCAUUAUACAUAUAUUCUCCUAAACAUUCUGCAAAUUCCCCAGAAAUCAUGAAUAUGUCGGAACAAAGUUUUUUCAAUAAAACUACUGCUACGACGACAACGACGACUUGUUUGUUCUUUCUCUUAAUUUCUUUCUCCACUACUACUAUUAUCUUCUCCUCCGGCGACAGGGAAUCCGCCUCUGUUUUCCCGUUUAUUUUUGCCGCCGCCGUUGUGGUGGCCGGAUUCGUUGUUCUGGCCGUCCGGACCACCGUUGUGGCGUGGAUUACGGUGGUUGUACUCCUAGCUUUCGUCGGAAAACGACGCCGUAUUUUUGCAAAGGAUGGGAGGAAGAUUACGUCGGAGGUGGUAGUGUAUGUGGUGAAUGAAGUGAUUAAGGAGAAGGGAUUCGUUGCUAUUUCUGGAGUUAUGAUUUUGGGAUUAAUCGCAACGGCGCUGUUAUGAGCGCAUUAAUUUACUAAUAA